GCAACGCGCCGCCGCGACCGCUCUCACUUAAAGUCUCGCGAUGCUCGCGGGAGGGGCCGCGGCCAACAUGGCGGACGAGGAGGUAGCCAAGUUGGAGAAGCACCUGAUGCUUCUGCGACAGGAAUAUGUGAAGCUGCAGAAGAGGCUGGCCGAGACAGAGAAGAGGUGCCGCCUGCUGGCCGCCCAAGCUCACCAAGAAGGCAGCAGCGACUGCUUCAUCACACGUUUGCUGAGGAUCGUAGCCGAUCUCUAUGAGCAGGAGCAGUACAGUGACCUGAAAAUCAAGGUUGGCAAUCAGCUCAUCAACGCUCAUAAGUUUGUGUUGGCUGCGCGCAGCGAGAAUUGGAGUCUGGCCAGUUUGGCCUCCACUGAAGAACUGGACCUCUCAGAUGCUAACCCUGAGGUGACAAUGGCCUUGCUUCGCUGGGUCUACACCGAUGACCUGGAGCUCAAGGAAGAUGAUGUCUUCUUGACAGAGCUGAUGAGGCUGGCGAACCGCUUCCAGCUGCAGCUCCUGCGGGAAAGGUGUGAGAAAGGAGUCAUGUCCUUAGUGAACGUGAGGAACUGCAUUCGUUUCUAUCAAACUGCAGAAGAGUUGAAUGCUACCACUUUGAUGAACUAUUGUGCGGAAAUCAUCGCCAGCCACUGGGACGACCUGAGCAAGGAGGACUUCAGCAGCAUGAGCGCCCAGCUGCUCUACCAGAUGAUCCGGUCCAAGACGCAGCACCCACUGCACAAGGCCAUCCGGCUGGAGCGUGAGGACGUCGUCUUCCUGUACCUCAUUGAGAUGGAUGCUCAGCUGCCCUUGAAGCUGAAUGAGCUGGAUCCCAAUGGAGAUCUCGCUUUAGAUCUGGCCCUUUCUCGAAGACUGGAGAGCAUCGCCACCACUCUCGUGAGCCACAGAGCGGAUGUGGACAAGGUGGAUAAGAGUGGCUGGAGCCUGCUGCAUAAAGCCAUCCAGAGAGGAGACAGCUUUUCGGCCACCUUCCUCAUUAAGAACGGCGCCUUGGUAAACGCGGCCACCGGGGGGGCCCAACAGACACCGCUGCACCUGGUGGCCUCGUCUGACUGCAGGAAGGGCCCAGCCGAUGGCACGUCGGAGAUGGCACGCAUCACCGAGUGCCUGCUGCAGGCUGGCGCCAACCCAAAUAUGCAGGAUGGGAAAGGAAGGACUCCCCUGCAUUCAUCCAUCCUUGCCAGGAACGAGGUCGUCUUCGGUCAGCUGCUGCAGUGUAAACAGUUAGACUUGGAACUGAAGGACCAUGAGGGCAGCACUGCUCUGUGGCUGGCCGUCCAGUACAUCACGCUGGCUUCAGACCGAGUGGUGAACCCCUUUGAGGACACGCCUGUGGUCAACGGGACCUCCUUUGAUGAAAACAGCUACGCGGCCAGGCUGAUUCAGCGAGGCAGCAACACCGAUGCACCCGACACGGUGACAGGGAACUGCUUGCUCCAGAGAGCGGCCGGGUCGGGCAACGAGGCCGCUGCCCUCUUCUUGGCAGCCAACGGAGCCAAGGUCAACCACAGGAACCGAUGGGGAGAAACGCCGCUGCACACGGCCUGCCGGCAUGGCCUGUCCACCCUGACUGCCGAGCUCCUGCAACAGGGCGCCAACCCCAACCUUCAGACGGAAGAGGCCCCGCCCGUGGCCCCCGGCCUGGCUGAGGGCAUCUCCCUGCAGACCCCGCUGCACGUGGCCAUAGCUCACAACCACCCCGAUGUCGUAUCUGUCAUCCUGGAGCAGAAAGCUAAUGCCCUUCAUGCCAUCAAUUCCCUGCAAAUCAUCCCAGACUUCAGUCUCAAGGAUUCCAGAGACCAGACUGUCCUGGGGCUGGCGUUGUGGACAGGGAUGCACACGAUAGCGGCCCAGCUCCUGGGGUCAGGAGCCUCCAUUAACGACACCAUGCCCGACGGCCAGACGCUGCUGCACAUGGCCAUCUGUCGGCAGGACGACAAGAGCGCCCUGUUCCUCCUGGAACAUCAGGCUGACAUCAACAUCCGGACCCAGGACGGCGAGACAGCCCUUCAGCUGGCCAUUAGGCACCAGCUUCCCCUGGUGGUAGACGCCAUAUGUACCCGCGGGGCCGAUAUGUCAGUGCUGGAUGACCAAGGAAACCCCCCGCUGUGGCUCGCCCUCGCAAAUGACCUGCAGGACAUUGCCUCUACUCUGGUGAGGCACGGCUGUGACGCCACGUGCUGGGGCCCAGGCCCAGGCGGAUGUCUUCAGACCCUCCUGCACAGAGCCAUCGAUGAGAACAACGAAUCCGUCUCCUGCUUCCUUGUCCGCAGUGGCUGUGACGUGAACAGUCCCAGACAGCCGGGGGCUAACGGAGAAGGUGACGAAGAGGCCAGAGACGGACAGACCCCCUUGCACCUGGCAGCCUCCUGGGGGCUGGAGGGGACAGUCCAGUGCCUUUUGGAAUUUGGGGCCAAUGUCAAUGUGCAGGAUGCUGAGGGACGGACACCAAUUCAUGUUGCUAUUAGCAACCAGCAGAGUGUCAUCAUUCAGUUGUUGAUUUCCCACCCCGACAUUCACCUAAACGUCCGGGACCGCCAAGGCCUGACCCCGUUUGCUUGUGCCAUGACUUACAAGAACAACAAAGCAGCAGAGGCCAUCCUGAAGCGAGAGCCCGGAGCUGCUGAACAGGUAGACAACAAGGGCCGGAACUUUCUCCACGUGGCGGUCCAGAACUCGGACAUCGAAAGUGUGCUGUUCCUCAUCAGUGUCCAGGCAAAUGUGAAUUCCCGAAUCCAGGAUGCCUCGAAGCUGACUCCCCUCCACUUGGCAGUUCAGGCGGGGUCUGAGAUCAUUGUUCGCAACCUGCUUCUCGCAGGUGCCAAGGUAAAUGAAUUAACCAAGCACCGCCAGACUGCCCUCCACCUGGCUGCUCAGCAAGACCUGCCCACCAUCUGCUCUGUCCUCCUGGAGAACGGAGUCGACUUCUCCGCCGUAGACGAGAACGGAAAUAACGCUCUCCAUCUUGCAGUCAUGCACGGUCGGCUGAGCACCAUCCGGGCCCUCCUGACUGAGUGCAGUGUGGACGCCGAGGCCUUUAAUCUGAGGGGCCAGUCACCGAUACACAUCCUGGGCCACUACGGCAAGGAGAACGCGGCCGCCAUCUUUGAGCUCUUCCUGGAGUGUAUGCCCGAGUACCCCCUGGACAAACCCGACGCUGAAGGGAGCACAGUCCUGCUCUUGGCCUACAUGAAGGGCAAUGCCAACCUGUGCCGUGCGAUUGUGCGUGCUGGGGCUCGCCUGGGUGCUCACAACAACCAGGGGAUCAACAUCUUCAACUACCAGGUGGCCACGAAGCAGCUCCUGUUCAGGCUCCUUGACAUGCUCUCCAAGGAACCUCCGUGGUGCGACGGCUCCAACUGCUAUGAGUGCAUGGCCAAGUUUGGGGUCACGACGCGGAAGCAUCACUGUCGGCACUGCGGACGUCUCCUCUGUCACAAGUGUUCUACCAAGGAGAUCCCCAUUAUUAAGUUUGAUCUGAACAAGCCUGUGAGAGUCUGCAACAUUUGCUUUGACGUUCUGACCCUGGGGGGCGUCUCCUAGGGAGCCGGGGGCAGCCCUGGCUCCGUUCUCCUUGGCCCCAGCAGCCACCCGGCUCGCUAGUCCUGCAGCCAGGGAGAGGGAAGGCAGUGGUGAUGGCCUUUGUCUCCCUCCUGCAACAGACUGAAAACAAUUACGGACCCCCUAGUGAUUUCCUCCAUUACUGAUGAUUUACACAAUUGGCAUCGUAUCAGGCUGUGAUCGAUUUCCGCUGAGGUUUCAAUUGGACGGACCCCUGGAAGUGAGGUGGUGUGACUGCACCAGCCCCCAGCAGAGCCUGGUGUUGAGACCUGGGGCCCAGGAGGGGGUGUGCCUGCUGAGCCUGGGCCGCCUGAGAUUCGAGCGGGCAGCAUGGCACCACGGGCUUCCACGGAGGGUUCUUCCCCCUGGGAGGCCUUCUCAAAGCUCACUUGUGGUGCUUGUAGGCACUUUGUAAACAGGGUUCAGAGAGAAAGCUUGCCGGACAAAAGUGGCCUUAACAACUGAAAGCUUUACUGGGGGCCUCCCUGCUCUCCCACGGGGUGCCCGGGCAGCAGGCCAACCCUUUCCACCAUGUUUGGGGUGCAGGGCUGCCCCCCCACACACACACACACCCCUGCCACAAAGGCAGCUUGCCAGGCAAACCCGCCCACCUCAGGGAUAUCGAGAGGGAGCCAUGUACUUGGGUGGGUGACACCGGGGCUUAGCACUGCAUCCAGACCCACACAGAAAACCUACCUGUGGUCAGAAGGAAAAAGGGCUGUGCCUGACCCACAUGGGCAUUUCAGUGGGAGCCUGAGCUGCAUCGAUGCGGCUCCGGUGUCUAAGAAGAGACAAGCCUGCGGGACUUGUCGGCUCUGUUGGGGCCCCCUCCCCUCACCAGCGUCUUCCUCGAUUGCGAGGGGGGCCAGGCUGCCCCCUUUCCUGGUCCUCACCUCUUCAGUGUGGCCCCUGAAGGCCAGAGGAGGUCCAUGGUGACUCAUUGAUGAGUAGGAGCACUAAGGAGAGGAGGGUUUUGUCCUCCCUUCAAAGAAGAGGCCCUCCCAGCAAGGGAGGGCAGCCUUCCCUCGUGCCUGGAAUAUGCCCGUGCAACAGGGCCCUCCUCGGCCCCAUCAGCCUCUCUGCUGCGCCUUGUCCCUCUGGCCAUCCUCCAGUGGGCCCGGUGUGCACAGAGGAGGGCCGACUACAGGAAUGCCCCCUUCUGCAGCCAUGGCGUGUGUGGUCUCUUCUGUCCCUGUAAGUGUGUGCAGCCUGUAGACGUACACUCACACACACUCAUGCACACGUGCACAUGCUUAUACAAAAUAGACAACAAGAAGUGGUACUUUUUUAUAUUUCUGUGAUUCAGAACGUAUGUACAUAUCUCUCUCUCAUACACACACACACACAAUGUUUUAAACAAGAAUUCGGAUGCAUUUGUUGUGUUUAAGAGACAAAAGUUCAUUUAGGACCAUGUUUAUUCAAUGCCGUCACAUUCCACAUGGAAUUUGCUGGAAAUAACCUCCUGGCCUUUGAUUGGUGUGGAGCCAGGACUGCCCCUCUGCCACCACCCCCCACCCUCUUUCACCCCUGCCCCACACCCCUUUGCAGACACUGGUCAGCUUCCACAUUGGAGAACCUUUGGUCUUUGGGGUCUUCACUUCCCUGAGAAUAUGUCACAAGAAACCAUUUUCUAGAGUUGAAUUAGGUGAAAUUUAAUUCUUUAAUCCAAAUAACUCUCAUUAGGUUCUGGGAGGGGCUUGGCCCACCACUCCGCUUGCUUCUGUUCUUGCUUUCUGCAUCAUGGUUCACGCUUAAGUCUAAAUCAUGUGUUGGAAUGUGCCGGGCACACACGUGACAUACUUUAUGGGCGUGUUGUGCCCAGUCAGGGUCAGUCAGUACGAUGGUACCCCCGGGACCAUCUUGGUGCGGCCCCACCCUGAUGGCGCUGCCCUGCCAACAGGGUACAGUCUUCCUUUGGAGGUUUCACACCUUCCAGCCUGUUCUGAGAAGGGAAUCAGACCCUUCAGGAAGCAGCUCCAGGCAGCCCCUCGGGACAUGCAUCCUUCUUAUCCACAGCUGGAAAGUCCAGCGUCCUUGAGCAGGGGGACCAGUGAGCCCGGCCCAGGCUGUCGGGCCCAGCUCCUGGUCACCAGGCAUGUUGUAACCUGCUAGAGGAGGGGAGGACCCCUACCUCCCUGAGGUAGGGAGGGGUGCACUCUGGAGGGGACGGUGUGAGGGACUUCCUCCAGAUUCAUCCUUUCUCCCCAGGACUUAGCCCCAUGUGGUUGUGACUUUAGCCCCCCAGGCCCAAGCUUGAGUCAUGGAAUGAAUGACAUUUCUGUACCGGGCACAGCCCCGCCUGGUUCGGUCACAGGGCAUCACCGGAGGCAGAUCCAGCCGCUGGCCGGCAGCUCCUUGUCUGUGACCUGACCCUAAAUCCAACGUCUGCCCAGAUCUCUGAGGACCACAGGACUGGGCUCCCUUCUGCCUCAAGGGCCGUUAGGGAUAAGGCCUGGGAAGGCAGGCGUCCACAGGGCUUGGCUGAGGCCCUCGGCCCCUCGAAGCACAAAAUCCCAGAGGAGAGGGAGGCGGGGCUGGGGGCUGAUUCCUGAGGCCUCCUUUUCCCUUUGUUGGGAACACGGCAUGAGAACGAGCUGUCCUAGAACCGGACUGACCCGAGCUCCUUGAGGGUCCCCAUUCCAGAUGCCUUAAAGACUGCAGACCCAUGCCUCUUUCCAUGUGGCAUAAAGGUCCCUCAGCCUGCUGCCUUGCAGCUGACGCUGGGCGCUUUGGGCAAGCCACAGACGGGCUGGCUGGCUCCCCACUCUGCCUAUUGUCCUGAAACAGCUCAGUGCGAGAGCCCCCGGCGCCGCUCCCCCCACCUCGGAGGUCCUGGAAUUGAGGACCCUGUGCAAGAGGAUGUCUGCGGCCCGCGGGGAGGUGGCCACAUGGCCAAGGCGGCCCUGGGGUCUGUGGGAGAGAAUAUUGUUUUCCAAUUGGAUAUUUGCAUUAACUGUAAUGAUUCCUUGUAAUAAUACUAGAAUGGCAUCAACCAUGUACAUUAAAAUGGAAACCUUUGGUAA